UGAUGAGGUACCUACUUCGUGUCAACAAUGGACAAUUUUUUGUUCAAAAUUCAAAUUUCAAUUAAGUUUUUUCAAAGUUGAACGAAUCAUAAUCGUUAAUGAUUUAUAUUUUUUUAUUUGAUUGCAUGAUGGUUAUGCGUCAUGUAAAAUACAUAAUUUUUCGUACGAAUUAAAUCGUAAAGGGAUUAAGACGAAAACAUUAUGUAUACAUUAUUUCACGGAUUUUACAAGUAUAUGACACAGAAAGAUGAAUUUUGGGUUCUCAUACUCGGUUUAGACAAUGCUGGUAAAACGACAUAUUUAGAAUGUUCAAAAACAAAAUUCAAGAAAAACUACAAGGGUAUCAACCCUAGUAAAAUAACAACGACCGUUGGCUUGAACAUUGGCAACAUUGAUAUAAACAGAGUGAGCUUGAAUUUUUGGGAUUUAGGUGGUCAGACAGAACUACAGUCGCUUUGGGACAAAUAUUAUGCCGAAUGCCAUGCAAUUAUAUAUAUUGUGGAUUCAUCUGAUCGAGAGCGCAUGGAUGAAUCAAAGAAAACAUUUGAAAAGAUGAUUUGCAAUGAAAACUUAAGUGGCAUUCCACUUUUAAUAUUAGCAAACAAACAAGAUAUACCUGACUGUAUGGGUGUCCGAGAAGUAAAACCAAUUUUUAAUCAGAAUGCUCAUUUGAUUGGAAGAAGAGAUUUUAUGGUUAUGCCAAUAUCUGCAUUAACUGGCGAUGGCAUUGAUGAAGGAAUUCAAUGGUUAGUUCAAUCAAUUCAAAGAAAUAUAGAAGUGCGGCCACCAAAGAAUGCUGAAGAUUAUUAAACCUGUGAUUAAAAUAUUUAAACUAUAAAUCUUAA